GCGGCGGCGGUGGCCAUGCGCAGGACGGCGCGGCCGGGGCCGCCGGGCCGGGGCCGCCUCCCGUGGACCCGCGGCCUGAGGGCCCCGCCGCCGCCGCUGCUGCUCCUGCUCGCGCUGCUGCCGCUGCUGCUCGCACCAGGCGCCGCCGCCGCCCCUGCCCCGAGGCCGCCGGCGCUGCCUCCCGCGUCCGCGGGGCCCAGCGUGAGCCUCUACCUGAGCGAGGACGAGGUGCGCCGGCUCAUCGGUCUCGAUGCAGAACUUUAUUAUGUGAGAAAUGAUCUUAUUAGUCACUACGCCCUAUCCUUUAACCUGUUAGUACCCAGCGAGACAAAUUUCCUGCACUUCACUUGGCAUGCAAAGUCCAAGGUUGAGUAUAAGCUGGGAUUCCAAGUAGACAAUUUCGUGGCUAUGGACAUGCCGCAGGUCAACAUUUCUGCUCAGGGGGAAGUUCCACGCACUUUAUCAGUGUUUCGGGUCGAGCUUUCCUGUACUGGCAAAGUAGAUUCUGAGGUUAUGAUACUAAUGCAGCUCAACUUGACAGUAAAUUCUUCAAAAAACUUCACAGUCUUAAAUUUUAAACGAAGGAAAAUGUGCUACAAAAAACUUGAAGAAGUAAAAACUUCAUCCUUGGACAAAAACACUAGCAGAACUAUUUAUGAUCCUGUACACGCAGCUCCAACCACUUCUACGCGUGUAUUUUAUAUCAGCGUAGGGGUUUGCUGUGCAGUAAUAUUUCUUGUAGCAAUAAUAUUAGCUGUUUUGCACCUUCAUAGUAUGAAAAGGAUUGAACUGGAUGACAGCAUCAGUGCCAGCAGUAGUUCCCAAGGGCUGUCUCAGCCAUCUACCCAGACGACUCAGUAUCUGAGAGCCGACACACCCAACAAUGCAACUCCUAUCACCAGCUCCUCAGGUUAUCCUACCUUGCGGAUAGAGAAGAAUGACCUGAGAAGUGUCACUCUUUUGGAGGCCAAAGCUAAGGUGAAGGAUAUCGCAAUAUCCAGGGAGAGGAUAACUCUAAAAGAUGUACUCCAAGAAGGUACUUUUGGGCGUAUUUUCCAUGGGAUUUUAGUAGAUGAAAAAGAUCCAAAUAAGGAAAAACAAGCAUUUGUAAAAACAGUUAAAGAUCAAGCUUCUGAAAUUCAGGUGACAAUGAUGCUCACUGAAAGUUGUAAGCUACGAGGUCUUCAUCACAGAAAUCUUCUUCCUAUUACCCAUGUCUGUAUAGAAGAAGGAGAAAAGCCCAUGGUGAUAUUGCCUUACAUGAAUUGGGGGAAUCUUAAAUUGUUUUUACGACAGUGCAAAUUAGUAGAGGCCAAUAAUCCACAGGCAAUUUCUCAACAAGACCUGGUCCACAUGGCUAUUCAGAUUGCCUGUGGAAUGAGCUAUCUGGCCAGAAGGGAAGUCAUCCACAAAGACCUGGCUGCUAGGAACUGUGUCAUUGAUGACACACUUCAAGUUAAGAUCACAGACAAUGCCCUCUCCAGAGACUUGUUCCCUAUGGACUAUCAUUGUCUGGGGGACAACGAAAACAGGCCGGUUCGGUGGAUGGCUCUUGAAAGUCUGGUUAAUAACGAGUUCUCCAGUGCUAGUGAUGUGUGGGCCUUUGGAGUGACGCUGUGGGAGCUCAUGACCCUGGGCCAAACGCCCUACGUGGACAUCGACCCGUUUGAGAUGGCCGCAUACCUGAAAGACGGUUACCGAAUAGCCCAGCCGAUCAACUGUCCUGAUGAACUAUUUGCUGUGAUGGCUUGUUGCUGGGCCUUAGAUCCGGAGGAGAGGCCCAAGUUCCAGCAGCUGGUCCAGUGUCUCACAGAGUUCCAUGCAGCCCUGGGGGCCUACGUCUGACUCCUCUCACGGUCCCCCAGCGUCAGAAGGAAGGAGCCUGCCAGGGCUCACGCAGCCGGUCAUGGAUGCCGCAUAUGCCAUGCAGUGCCGCAGAAGCACAUUUGUCUUCCAGAACACCGUGCCUUAGGAAUGCUUUAGAAUCGGAACUAUCUAAGGCAGACUUAAUAAUGUCAAAUAUUUUCUAGAUAUCACUUUCAUUAGGUUGAACUGAAAAUGUUUUUGUAAAUUUUCUGGCCAAAAAUUUUUUUAAACAUAGUUAACUUUGGACUAGGGGUACAUUCUUACAAAAUAAAUAAACAGUUUUUAAAAUUGUUUAAACACAGAUAUUUGGAAUAGCUACCUUAGUGCAACUGCUUUUUAUUUUUUUACUUCAUCAAGGUAAUGUAGGUGAUUCACCUUUAAAGUUUUGUUUGUUUGUUUUAAUAUUUAUCACUAGUCUUGGGAAUGGUUUGUCUUCAAGAUGCAGUACUUUUUCUUAGGAAAAGAAAAACAGAAAAAGAUGUCGGUUUGCCUUGUACAGGAAAAGGCAAUAUUGGAGGAAGAAAACUUAAAGAAAAGCUAGAGGGGAAAAAAAGAGAAAAAUACUUAUUAGAAACAGAAACUGCUCUUCCAUGGAGAAUUGUUUUUUAUUUUUUUAAUGAAAAGGAGUUCUCCUUUCUUAUUUUGGGGGAAGUAGGAGCUGAGUUCAUUGAAACACCUUAAUUUUGGCAGAACCUAGCAUUUCUGUGAGCCAGAAGUGGGUUUGGGGCAGGUCAAUUGUAAACAGUGGCGAUCUUAUUUAUUUUUACUCUCUGGAAAAGGAGAUAACACAAUUCCAGAAAGUGAAAUCUUGUUUCUAAGGUUAAGAAUUCCUUUUAUUGCACCUAGAAUAGUGCCAUGCACAGAAUGGGUGCUUGAGUUGUUUUGAGUAAAAAAAUGUAAACAGGUAGAUUUUGUACCUAUCUUCAAGGCUGGCUUAAGUAUAAAAUGGUUUUUUAAAAACACCUGAGAAAUUAAAGGAUUUGUUUUAUAUUAUGACAGUAUUGAAAAUAUUGUUCAUAAUGAAUGAUUGGUUAUGUCUGGUAAGUCUUUGAACACACAACAGCUAGGUAGCCCUGUUUCAUUUCUUGGGUGUCUCACUCAGACUCCCAAGCCCUAACACAAGUGCAGCUGACUCUGCUCAGCCUCCAGGUUCUAAUAAAAAGUUGAGAUUAUUAUUACAAGGAAGUAUUACAGCACUGAAACCUUUCUCCAGAGCUGUUAAAUUCAGGGUAUGUAUGUAUUUAUACUUGGCUAGAGUUGGCCUAAGGCAGAGUUGAACAGACCUCUUAAAUAGCUAGGCGUGCAUGUGCCUGCCUCUGCUCCCGUUCUCACGGGUACGUAGGAGAGAACGCAUAGCAGUUGGAGGCUUUUGCUGUUCUUAAAGGAGCUUUAUGAAUCAGCAGCACAUCUGGGAAAAUAGCUCACAUGGUAUGUGC